AGAAGUAUUUACCAAAUAAAUAAAACUACUCUUCUUGUUAUUCAAUUCAACUUCGAAUCAGACUCAAUAUCGACACUAACUCUAAUAAGUCCAACACACUCUGAUGAAAUCAAAUGUUGAAUCGAACGGAAAUUGGUAAUCGUUGGGGAUCGGCUGAACUUUAUUCGCAUUUUUCUUCGUUCUUUGUUGUCCAUUCGCGCUCUUUGCAGGGUCUAUAGUUUUCGCUACAAGUUUCGAUUCGCGUCGGCGGGAAACUUUAUUUCGUAUAAAUCGAGCUGAGGUUCUGUAGUUAUUUGUGUUUGUCUGUAAAAACUUACGAGGAUGGAUUGUGGCGUCGAUAGGAUUAGCGAUCUUCCCAUUGAUAUUAUAAACAAAAUUCAAGUGUGUAUGCCUUUGCAUGAUGCUGUGAGGACGAGCAUACUGUCAUGGGAAUGGAGAUAUCAUUGGGUUACUAUGCCACACCUUGUUUUUGAUAAAAAUAUGAGAGGAAACCAUGAAUUCAUAGUGGAUCGAACUUUGUUGCUUCACAAAGGAACCAUUACCAAAUUCUCAAUCAUGAAAUGUUUGAUCAGAAGCAGUUUGGCUUUUAUCCGCUGGCUAUUUGUCUUAUCAGACCAUCGAAUCGAUACCCUUGUGCUUGUAUUUCCCAUCCUGAACUAUAUACAACCAAUCAAAAUUCAUCUCAUUAGUUUUGAUCACCUCAAACAUUUGCACAUUGAAGAUGAAUGUCAAAUCGAGCUUUCGCCUCUGUUUAGAGGAUUUAAAAGCCUUGUUCGACUGGAGAUUAUCAAUGUCAAUAUUAAACUUCAAAACUUGGAAGUGCUUCUUGCUAAAUGUCCGGUGAUCAACUACUUGAAGUUGAGGUUCUCUGUUGAUCAUAUACAUGGGACGAUGGAAGAACUUCCAAAUAAGCUCAAUUCUCUCACUGUUCUACAACUCGGCGAACUCGACUUUCAAUGUCUGGAAAGUGUCAAAGUUCUUAUGAGUUUGAUUAAAAGCUUCCCCAAUUUGCAGUCUCUUAAAAUUGGUAGCAUCUCCAAUGUUCAUGCCAACCGUGUUACCAACUAUCUGAAGCAACAACGAACUUUAAAUGUUCCUCUCAAGUGUCUUGAAUAUGUGAAGAUCCGCAUCAUGAUGAAUUAUGCUGCGGAUGUGGAAUUUGUGAAGAAUCUUUUGAUGUGGACAACUGUGCUUAAGAAAGUAGAACUAGAUUGUUUUAUAGGCUAUCGUAAUCUUGAUGUAAGAGGUAUGUUGGAAGAGAUUGCGAGCUUCCAACGAGCUUUUUCUUCAUCUAGAGCACAAAUUAUAGUUGACAACGGACGCAAUUGGUUUGAAUUCUGGAAAGACUAAUGUUGUUUGUGAAAAUUGCUGGACAGGCAAUAAUCUGGAUUAGUGCAAUGCGGGGUGGGUAGUAUAUACUAGAUAGAACAUGUGAAGGAGGUCCUCAGACAAUAUUAUAUGUUGUGGGUAUGCCUCAUUUUUGUCGAAAAUUCUCUCUAGUGUUCCCUGUUAUAUGAUAAGAAGAAGAUGAUACAUACAUAAUGCAUUAAGUGAGAAAUUUGUAUAGCUCGUGGCCUGGCCUUUGCUGUGAUCAUGUUUUUGCAAU